AUGUGGUCCACCCUGUACAACAAGGCACGUCGCCUACAGUCCUCUAAACAAUCCAAGCGUGCUGGCGGGAAGCGUGGCAGCCGGAGCUCCAAGUCCUCGACUGAGCUCCUGGCGUCCGACUUCGUGGUGGCCAGCGACGGCGCGUUCGCCCUGCCCGGAACGGACACCCUGAUCAAAGAGCGCCAAGCCAAGUCCGGCGCACCGCCACCGGGGCAGAGUGGCGUGGCGUCACUGUCCGGCACGGUGCACGUGUCUCGACACCUGAGCUCGAUUAGACGGUCCGCGCAACGCCAAAGGCUCGAGUUGCAAGCGUACGAGAAUGUUUCGCCGGUAGUGAUGGCUCUGGCUACAGAAGCUGAAGUUGAUGAGCCCCAUGGAGUCCGCGCGGCCGCCGUGACCCAGCCGAUCUCAGGCAGUGGGCCGUCCGUCAAGGAAAGCUCACAGGUGGCUGGAGUGGUUGCUGUCCCUUCAACCGAGUUGUCGGGCAAGAUCGGCCCCGAAGCGAGCAACAUAGCCAACGAGGUUUUCCCAGCAUCAUCAGCAGUCUACGAGGAUAUUCAUAAGGAACGUUCAGGUCUAAAAGUUCAAGGCGACCUGACCAAACUCGGCAAUAAACAUCUCGCCGUUGUUGUCAAAGGCAGUACUUACCCAACGACUGCUCCAAAGAAGUUAAUUGAGAAGCCGUCUUUAGUGAAAUCGACGAACGACGAUGCACAUGUAUCCAGCAAGACUGUACGUCAGCAAAAGUCAAGAAGGAGCUUAGAAAAGCUUCUGUCCGACAAAUCCAGCACUCGAGGCAUCGAAAAGCCUGCGGACGUUACUGUGCCACAAGUGGUGGCAGACGGGGAUAGAAUGUCAAAGACAGGUGCUUUGGAAAAGCAGCGUGGUAGCAUCACUUCCAAGAAGUCUCGAAUGAGCGUCGACGAAAUGCUGAUUCUCAACAAGCAGUUGCCUUCCGAUUCCGAUCAGGGAGUUCUACAGAGCGACGUUAACGUCGUGGUGGCCGUUGUGCCACAGCCUGCCGCAGAAUCGGAGGCGGUGGAAGAAGCAUUGAUGAAAGAAGAACCUGACGGACAACAGGCAAAACCGGAACUGGAAGAACAGCAGCCACUGCGUGGAGAGAUGGUAGCCGUAGGUGGUCCGGAACAAAGUGCGGAAGUCGGACGAGAUUCCGCAGGAAAGAACGCCAAGGGCGGAUCUUCGAAACACAGCAAGGCUAGGCGGCGUAGGUUGAAGCAUUUAGCGAAGAGGCAAGCAGUGAAGAAGCGGAAGGUUGCGCCAUUAGUUCCCUACAAGCCCACGAUGGCCCUGGUCUCCGUUGAGAGCGACUCGACAUAUAUGAGGAUCCCGACGACAAGCGGAGCCACCAUCAAACAAGGCAAGCAAGGCGUGCCCUGCGCAGCGCAGGAGGAGCUCCCCGAGCUCGAGGAACCUAGGAGAAAGAACGUCGGUCAAGAAGAUGCUUCUUCUUCCUCAAGAAGGGCGUCCAAGUCCUCGGAGUCGGUCGCAAAGCUGGCCUUCGCUCAACACGAGGCACCAGUUGACGCGAAAGUGGAGGACAAACCAGCCAGGGCAGAGGGUUCUGGAAAGAAGACCUCGCUGUCGGCCUCCUACCUGAGGUUACGCGAAGGGUCAGCCGCAGCGAAGCGGCCUCUCAGUAGGCCGGGCACGAGGACGAGCCUCCAGGAGGAGGACCGUGGAGCGAACAAGGACGCAGCGAUGGCAGGAAGAGACGUUCUGGAACCAGCGGUACCGGAAGCGGAGCGUCAGGGUGGCAUGUUCGAACCCAUACAGCGAGUUCCACUCAGAAAAGAAGGGUCGCAAGCGAACGUCGCUGCGUUGAUUCCGGACGAUAAACGGCAAAAAGAGAGCAAGCGAAAGUCGCUCAGAAAAGGCCGCAAGCGACAUCACAAGAAGACGACGGGUUAA